GCUGUUGUUAUGGUGUCAGGGGAUCCAACCAGGUAGACUAGCUGUUGUUAUGGUGUCAGGGGAUCCAACCAGGUAGACUAGCUGUUGUUAUGGGGUCAAUAUUAAUAAUAUUGGACUGUGUAUGUUUAAAUGCAACAAGAAGUAUCUGAACUCUGACCUCUGACAAUAAAAGUGUUGUCAUUGUUAAUGGUUCUUCAAUGUUCAGACAUACUGUUCUGUUAUUACUUAUUGUAGCUGAGUGAGCUGUGACUUACAUCUAAAACGAGUCUCUCUGGGGGGAGAAAGGAGGGGACUACUGCCUCUACAAUGAGUCUCUCUGGGGAGAGAAAGGAGGGGACUACUGCCUCUAAAAUGACUCAAGACACCAGUUCAAAGAGUGUCCAGAAGCCCAGAGCAGAGUCCCCUACAACCAGCCUGCUAUCAAUGAAGAGUGAUCAGCCACCUGCUUUCAGCCAGGAACCAUUACCAGAUGACAAUAAGGAAGUGGAGAGUUUGGACAGUGAGGAUGCAUUAAAGAUCACACACAACCUUCUGGACAGAAGAAGUCAAACUCUGCUGACAGUCCAACAAGAGAUUAAGGCUAAACUGAAACACAAGUAUCAACACAUAUCUGAAGGAAUUGGACACCAUGGAAACCAAAGUCUGUUCAAGGACAUCUACACAGACCUCUACAUCACAGAGGGUGGAAGUGGAGGGCUCAAUAAUGAACAUGAGGUUAGACAGAUAGAGAUGGCAUCCAAGAAACGAACCACACAAGAGACACCAAUCAAAUGCAACGACAUCUUCAAGCCUUUACCUGGACAAGACAAACCUAUCAGAACUGUGCUGACAAAAGGAAUCGCUGGUGUUGGAAAAACAGUCUCUGUGCAGAAGGUCAUCCUUGACUGGGCAGAGGGAAAAGCAAAUCAGGACGUUCAUUUCAUGUUUCCUCUUCCUUUCCGUGAUCUGAACCUGAAAAAGGAACAAUACAGUCUGAUGCAACUUCUUUCCUACUACUUCUCAGAGAUGAAAGAGAUUGACAGCAUUGAAGAUGGUGAAACCAAAACAGUUUUCAUUUUUGAUGGUCUGGAUGAGUGUCGACUUCCUCUAGACUUCAAAAACAAUGAGAAGUGCUCUGAAGUCACGAAGCCAACCUCAGUGGACGUGCUGCUGACAAACCUCAUCAAGGGGAAUUUGCUUCCCUCUGCUCUACUCUGGAUAACUUCACGACCUGCAGCAGCCAAUCAGAUCCCUCCUGAGUGCGUUGACCAGGUGACUGAGGUACGAGGGUUCAAUGAUCCACAGAAGAAGGAGUACUUCAGGAAGAAAAUCAAAGAUCAGAAUCUGGCCAAUGAAAUCAUCAAACACAUGAAGACAUCAAGGAGCCUCCACAUCAUGUGCCACAUGCCAGUGUUCUGUUGGAUAUCAGCCACUGUCCUUGAGAUGAUGCUGAAAGAGGCAGAGAAGGAUGAAGUCCCCAAAACUCUGACCCAGAUGUACUCACACUUCAUACUCAUCCAAAUCAUUGCGAAGAACAAGAAGUACAACAAAGCCACAGAGACAAACGCAAAGGAACUGUCUCAGUCAGACAAAGAGAUGAUCCUGAAACUGGCUAAACUUGCUUUCCAACAGCUGCAGAAGGGCAACCUGAUCUUCUAUGAGGAGGACCUGAGAGAGUGUGGCCUUGAUGUCACAGAGGCAUCAGAGUACUCAGCAUUGUGUACAGAGAUCUUUAAAGAGGAAUCUGGGCUGUACCAAGACAAGGUCUACAGCUUUGUGCAUCUGAGCAUUCAGGAGUUUCUAGCAGCAGUGCAUGCUUUAGAAUCAUGUCUGGACAAGAAGGAAAAUGUUUUCUCCCCCACUAGUGAUGAUGAAGAGAAAGAGUCAAUCCAGUUGUCUGACUUACACAGGAGAGCAGUGGACCAGGCCUUGAAGAGUGAGAAUGGACACCUGGACCUGUUCCUCCGCUUCCUUCUGGGUCUCUCACUGGAGUCCAAUCAGAAUCUGUUACGAGGCCUUCUGACACAGACAGGAAGGACAACACAGACCAAUGCAGUUGAGAGAACAGCCAGGUACCUUUCAAACAAGAUCAAGAAGGAAUCCUCACCCGAAAGGAUCAUCAACUUGUUCCACUGUCUGAAUGAACUUGGUGCCAACUCUCUAGUUGAAGACAUGCAGACCUCCCUGCGAUCAGGAACUCUUUCAGAAACAAUACUAGAACCUGACCAAUGUUCAGCCCUGGCCUACCUGUUACUGAUGUCAGAGGAGGUGCUGGAGGAGUUUGACCUGAAGACAUACAACACGUCAAAGGAAGGUUAUCAGAGGUUGCUGCCUGUAGUGAGAACCUGCAAGAGAGCACUACUGGAUGGCUGUGAACUCACAUAUAAAUCCUGUGAGACUCUGGCCUCAGUUCUGCAGACACCAAACUCCCCCCUGAGAGAACUGGACCUCAGCUACAAUGACCUGGGAGACAGAGGAGUGAAGCUGCUCUGUGAUGGACUAACCAGUCCACUCUGCAACAUACAGACACUAGUACUAGCUGGCUGUAAACUCACAUAUGAAUCCUGUGAGACUCUGGCGUCAGCUCUGCAGACUCCAAACUCCCCCCUGAGAGAACUGGACCUCAGCUACAAUGACCUGGGAGACAGAGGAGUGGAGCUGCUCUGUGUUGGACAAACCAGUCCACUCCGCAACAUAGAGAGACUUGUACUGGAUCACUGUGACCUCACAUAUGAAUCCUGUGAGAUUCUGACCUCAGCUCUGCAGACACCAAAUUCCCCCCUGAGAGAACUGGACCUCAGCCACAACAAUGACCUGGGAGACAGAGGAGUGGAGCUGCUCUGUGUUGGACUAACCAGUCCACUCUGCAACAUACAGACACUAGUUCUGGGUCAGUGUGGUCUGACAGAGGGUUGCUGUUCAGAUCUGGCCUCAGUCCUGAGUUCACCCAACUCACAACUGAAACAACUGGAGCUGAGAGACAAUGACCUGCAGGACUCAGGAGUUACACUGCUGUCUGCUGGACUGGAGGCUCCAGACUGUAAACUACACACACUGGGUCUAGGUCAGUGUGGUCUGACAGAGGGUUGCUGUUCAGAUCUGGCCUCAGUCCUGAGUUCACCCAACUCACAACUGAAACAACUGGAGCUGAAAAGCAAUGACCUGCAGGACUCAGGAGUUACACUGCUGUCUGCUGGCCUGGAGGAUCCAGACUGUAAACUACACACACUGGGUCUAGGUCAGUGUGGUCUGACAGAGGGUUGCUGUUCUGAUCUGAACUCAGUCCUGAGUUCACCCAACUCACAACUGAAACACCUGGAGCUGAGAGACAAUGACCUGCAGGACUCAGGAGUUACACUGCUGUCUGCUGGACUGGAGGAUCCAGACUGUAAACUACACACACUGGGGCUGUCUGGCUGUUUGGUCACAGAGGAGGGCUGUGCUGCUCUGUCUUCAGCUCUGAGGUCAAACCCCUCCCACCUGAAAGAGCUGGACCUGAGCUACAAUCACCCAGGAGACUCUGCAGGGGGACUGCUUUCAGCUGCUCUGGUGGAUCCCACAUAUAAACUGAUGAAGCUGAAUGUGGAUCAUGGUGGAGAGUGCAGGCUGAAAUCAGGGCUGAGGAAAUAUGCCUGUCAUCUCACCCUGGACCCAAAUACAGCAAACCCAUACCUGAUACUGUCUGAGGGGAACAGGAAGGUGACACGGGUGGUGGGGAAGCAGCAUUAUGAAGACCAUCCAGACAGAUUUGACUGUCUUUAUCAAGUUCUCUGCAGAGAAGGCUUAUCUGGAGGUCGUUAUUACUGGGAGGUGGAGAGGGAUGGUGACAGGGCUGGCAUUGGUGUGGUGUACAAAGGAAUGGAGAGAAAGGGAGAGGAGGAAGACAGUUGGAUUGGAGCCAAUAGGAAGUCCUGGUGUUUAUACUGCUAUCAUGGUUAUUUAUUUAUCCAUGCUGGAGUCAGCAGAUCCAUCUCUGGUCCUGUUUCUAACAGAGUUGGAGUGUAUCUGGACUGGUCAGCUGGUACUUUGUCCUUCUAUAGUGUGUCCUCCUCUGGUACACUGACACACCUUCACACAGAACACACCACGUUCACUGAACCCCUCUAUCCUGGAUUUCUGGUGUCAACCUCCUCAGUGACCCUGUGUAAGAAAGAUGACCAACACAUUCAGAGAGACCAUGGUGGAGAGAUUUGUAUCAAGUCUGGACCUGAGGACACCAGAGACCAUGGUGGAGAGAGUUGUAUCAAGUCUGGACCUGAGGACACCAGAGACCAUGGUGGAGAGAGUUGUAUCAAGUCUGGACCUGAGGAAAGGAUUCCUCAGAGCUGUAAGACUUGUGACCAUGUUGAGGACUCCACACACUGGCUUCAGAUUGAACCCUUGACUUCCACUGUCCAGGGAGUGACAAUGUUCAGACACAAGACACCCAAAGGGAGUUAUGAGUGCACAGUGUCUGGGCUCCGCUGGCUGUGUGAGAGAGAUGUCAUUCUGAAGUAUCACUUCAGGAACUGGGAACCCUACAGUCAACUUCUGAAAGACAUGCAGUACACACAAAGUGGUCCAUUGCUGGACAUCACUAUGGAGUUAGGUGAACUGGAGGAAGUUCAUCUGCCACACUUUGUCUGUUUAGGGACCAACCCUUCCCUGAGGAAUGAGAUGAAGAUUCUUCAUGUAGAGGAACAUGGAGUGUCUUUAGAGGAAGUGCAUGAGGUCACCAGAUUCCAUGUUAAGAUUCUCCAUCCCAAAUUCUCACCUAUCUCUGUUAUACUGAGAUUACUGUCUUGGAACGUAGAUGUCCACUGUGAUGUGGUCCUCUACAUGGCAGUAAAGAGGUCAACAGUCAUUUCAAGGCUGUACCUGCUCCUCAGAAACUCCAGUCAGAAAGAGGCUGUUCAGGAACGGGAGAAAAAUCAGGUGUCCAAAGGAUUUUCAGAAUUCGUCCUGUCAAGUCCAAACGGGUCCUUAAAGCUGAACAGUUGGUUUGCGUUCAAGAAUCCCCGCUCCACUUCCAUCAAUCCAGAGGUGUAGUUUCAUCAGGCUGAGGACAUG